AUGGUGCCUGAACCGACGGGAAGCUCUUCUUCGCAGGGUCCUGCCGCGCCUUGCCGCAGCAGUGGGGCCUACGGUCGGACAGAUGAUAUGAUGGGUCAAGUAUUUGCUUCAUUGGUUCCAACGGUGGCAGCUGCGGAAUCCGCUAUUGGGUUAGCCAUUUUCGUUAUAACUUUCCGAGUCCGAGGGACUAUUGCUGUAGAAUUUAUUAAUAGCAUUCAAGGUUAA